AUGUUGGAUACUGCAAAAUGGAGAAAUGAAUGGAACGCCGAGCUCCGCUCAAUUCCCCACGUUGAAACAGUUAAUGAAUAUGAUUUCGAGCUAACAGAAAAUAUUUUUCUUAUUUGGAGGUUUUUAAAACUCUAUCAUUCUGCUAUCCCUCAAGUGAGAAGCCUCAUAGAUUUUGUAGCAAGUAUAAAAAAAAUCAUUAAUAUAAAACAUAAAAAUAUGGCUAAGAAACCCGAAUUGUUACAAUGGGGAGACCACAUAGAUAGUGCUAUUCAAAGAGGAACUGUUAAAGGACAACAAUUAUUUAAUAUUUUAGUUUCAAGCGGGAAAAAAAUUCAAUCGAGAUAUUCAAAAAAAAAGUUAUCUGAUACUUUGCAAUAUUAUCACAUUAAGAAUUAUAUAAUUUUAGAAAAGAUAAAUACAGGUUCAGUUGGGCAAGUGCACUUAGCAUUAGAUAAAAAUACAGAUGUAUUAGUUGCGGCCAAAGCAAUAGAUAAAUCCACGGUUCAAGGGGAUGAAGGAUUGUUUCAAAAAUUAAAGGAUGAAAUAAUUGUCUCAUGUAAAAUGAACCAUCCGUAUGUUGUAAAAACUAUAAAUGUCCUUGAAACUCGGGACAAAAUUAUACAAUUCAUGGAAUACUGCGAUGGGGGAGAUUUAAUAUCAUACGUUAGAAAUGUAUUAUACUUAGAAGAAUUAAGUGCACAAUAUUUUUUUCGAAAAAUUCUUGAUGGAGUUAAAUAUAUGCACAUCAAUAAAAUAGCUCAUCGAGACUUAAAACCUGAAAAUAUAUUUCUUUGCAAAAAGAUAUUGAAUCAGAAGGAGAAGACAUUAAUUAGGAUAGGAAAAUUGCCAUCUUGUUUUGAAUAUGAAUUAAAAAUAGGAGAUUUUGGUGCAUCUUGCUUUAACGAUGUGCCAAAUAAAAUGCAUUAUGAUAUUGUCGGUACGCUAAGUUAUGCUGCACCAGAGGUAUUAGGUUGUAAUAAAAAUAAUGGAUAUGAUAGUGAAAAAGCAGAUGUAUGGAGUUUAGGUAUAAUACUGUAUGCAAUGCUAUUUGGCUUGUUACCAUUUGAUAAUGAAGAAAAAGACAUUAAAGAAGCAUACAACGAAAUAGUAAAUAAUAAAAUCGCUUUCCCAAAAAAUCGAAUUAAUAAAUGCUCAAAUAAUGUUAAAAAUCUAUUAAUAGGUAUGCUUAAUAUUAAUCCUAUAAAUCGUUUAUCUCUUGAUCAAGUUAUUAAUGACCCAUGGGUUGCUAAUAUGGUUAAAAGUAAAUUAGAAAUUUCUUAUUUAAAUAGAAAAAUAAAUGUUCCAAUAUCAUCUACAGUUGGGAACCAUAUUUAUGUAAAUAAAAAUCCUUGGAAUUUUAAUAUUUAUAAUAAUGUAGCACUAAUGAAAAAUUCUAAUAAUAGCACAGAAAAAGUACUUAAUUUAAAAAAUGAAUACGAAAAAAAAAAUCAAAACCAAUUCAUUGAAGAUAAUCCAAUCGUUAUAUCAUCACCACCAUCAAAUUCAACUCAUACAACCUAUUCUUCUCGAUAUCCAAUUCCAUCAAAUGCUCAUUCAAACAAUGGUAAUAUAAUUAACUUUUAUAAUAUAUAUGAAAAGAGACCAACUACAUUAAAUAAAAGUAACAAUGAUUUAUACUCAUGUGAUAAUAAUGGGGUAUUAUAUAAUAAACUAAAAAAUUAUGAUGAUCAAAAGGUUAGCAAUGUUACGAACUAUUAUACAGGCCUAGUAACUACAUAUAAAAAUAAUGCAGCUAAUAUAAAUAAUAAUAAGGGUAAAGAAGAAUUGUCUAAUAGUAAAUUAGUAUCCCCUAAUAUUUCUGAACAAGCCAAUAUAAAAAAUAAUUAUAUUUGUGAACAAAUAAAAUAUGUUGAAAAAGACACACAAAUAAAUGAACAAGAAAUAUAUAUAUCUGAAAAAUCUUUAAAUGUGAUUUAUUAUGACCAGAAUAAAUCAAUUGAAAGUGUUUACCUAGAUAAUAAGCAUCUUAAUAAAAAUAAUUAUUAUAACUCCAAGCCUUUGGAAAAUAGAGAAUAUAUUAAUAAUAAUUAUUUUCCCGAAAAAUUAAAUGAUUCAAAAAUUUUAUCUGAUAAAGAAUAUAAACUGUAUUUCAAUCAAAAUGGAGUUUACCAAAAUAAUCAUAAUAACCAUAGUACCAAUAUACCAAAUAAUAUUCAUCAUGAAAAAUAUUAUUUACUUAAAAAUUCAGAUGGGCGUAUUAUUACACCAUGCUAUACACCUGUAAACCCUUUAAAAACUGAGGAAAAUAAAAGAUAUAAUCUUUUCAGUUCUAAGAAAAACACAAAUGACCAUAAUGAAUAUGAUACAUAUAAUAAUGAAAAUAAUAUAUCUUCUAAUAGUAAGAAUUGCUUACAAAAUUAUAACCAGAAUAACCCAAAUUGUAUUAAAAAAGACGAAAACACAACUAUCAAUAAAAAUAACAAUAUAGAAAUGGUAAUCCCUCAAAAUGAUAAUGGAAAUUAUAAUAAUAAUGAAUACAAUUAUUACUACUAUGAUAAUAAUGGGAAAUAUGUUAAAUACUCAGUUAAUUAUCAAAAUGACCCUAAAUAUAUUUUAUCUUCAUCUUCAUCUGUUCUAUCAAAAAAUAAAAUAAAUACUACUAACAAUUAUUAUAAUAAUAAUGAUGUUCAUUAUUCAAAUUACUGCGACUAUAAAAGGGGAGUUUCAGAGUAUGCUUCUCAAUCUAAUAUUAGUUACAAUGUUGAUGAGAUAAAUAUAAAAAAUAACCAAAAUCAUAAAAUUAGUAACCAUUCCAACCUCGAUCAAAAUUCAUGGGGUUUAAACAGCCAACAGAAUAAGCCUGAUAAAAGGGAUGAAAUAUAUAGUUGCAAGACCGAACAAAAUUCAAAAAUUACAAUCAAUGAGCAAGAAGAAGAGGAUAAGAGAGAUAAGAUGGAAAAUGAUAACGAAACCGAAAAGAGAGAAAUUAACGAAAUGAAUAAGUCUAUUAAUAAACAAAAUCAAAACGAUAACCAAGCAUAUUGCCUUAAUUAUACAUCAAAACAAUCUAAUAAAAUAAAUAAUUAUGACAAUUCAAAAUUAUUUUCAGACAACAAAAACCAUGUUAUAGAUUAUUCUUCCAAUUUCAAUGAUUCAAGAAACAACUGUUCUGAUAAUAAUAUUUGUAAUGGGGACAGAAGAAGAUAUACAUACAUGUUUCUAAAGGACGACAGCAUAUGUAAUAAUAUUAAUAACCAAAAUAUAAAAUAUGACUGUUAUAAAAAUGUGAACAAAGCAUCUAGCAAUAAUAUUAUAAUUCCCUUAAUAAAUAAAAAAAUUGAAACAAAUAGAAAAUCGGCUAGUUAUUCUGAAAACAUUAUAAAUACUAAUUUAAACCCUAUAAAUAGGUAUACAAAUUAUUUAAAUACCUUUUAUGAAAAACAAAGUACGCAUAUAUCUGAUAAUGAUAAUGACGAUAAAAAAAACGAUAUCCAACUUACUAACAUAAAAAACAACAUUAAUAAAUACGCUAAUGAUGUUAAAAAUUAUCAAAGCGAUUACAAUACCAACAAUGUGUGUUAUUCAAAUUAUGAAGUUAAAAAAACCGAAAAAACUAAUAAAAAAAAACGAAUAAAUAAUAGCUCAUCUGGUUCAUUGCCGUCAUCAAUAUCUUCAACAUCACUUGCAGAAUUGAGUAACAAUUCAAGUAUUGGUUGUAUUAAUAAUAUUAGUUGUAAAAAAUUACAAAGGGAAAAUCCAAAAUUCAUAAGUGCAAGUAAAGAAGGUAAAACUGAUAAAUGUGAAACUAUUAAUAAAUGCAAUGAGAAUGAGAAUAAUAAAGACCAACACACCACAAAUAAUAAUAACAACAACAAUAGAGACACGAAUAAGUUAAAUGUGCGUAGUAAUUCCAAUAAUGAUAUACAGAGCAAUGAUUUAUUAGAUAUAAAGAAAAUAAAUAAGAGUUGUAAGAUAAAUAAUUUAGUAAAAAAAGAAUUAGACGAAAGAAAUAAAAAAAAGGAACAUAAAUAUAGUGAGAUAAACAUAUUAUGUAAAAAUAAAAGCAUAGAUAUUGAGGGUGAUAAAAAAAAUAAUAAAACAAAAAAGAAAAGCAUUGAAAAUAUUGAAUGUGUAAAGAACAAACGACGAAAUAAUGGUAACAGAGAAUAUUUUUUAAAAUUAAAAAAGAAUAUAUAUUCAAAAGAAAAUAUAUCCCAAUCGAUUUUCUUAAAAUAUUGCAAUCAUUAUUAUAUGAGAAAAAAUAAUAUAAAAAUUCAUAAAAUAUUUUCAAGUAUCAAGAGAGAAGCAAAGAAAAAUAACUCAGACACUUUAAAAUAUUUAAAAAAAUGGGAUUUAUAUCACAAAAGGCGAAAUCAUAAGCAUGACAAAAAAGGCAAAAAAAAAAAAGCAAAAAAACAUAAGGUUGAAAUAAAAGAAUCAAGCUUCGAAGACAUCAAUAUGCAAAACUCAGAUCAAGAACAGAUUCUAAAAAAAACAAACAAAUUACAAAACAAUGUAAUAGAUAGUAACACGCUCACUUCAUAUCGUUAUAUAAAUAAGAAAAACGAUAAAAAUAUACUUGAAAAUAAAAUAAAUUUUAAAAGUAAUAAUAAAAAGGAGGGAUACAAGGAUAAUCAUAAUUAUGAUAUGUCAGACAGUUUUUUUAAUUCAAACAAAAUAUAUUACAAAAAAACUAAAAUAAAUUCAAUAUAUCACAACAGGCGUAGUUACUCAGAUUAUGAAUAUUCGUAUGACUUAUGCAAUUCAAAAAUUAAAAUAAAGGAAUAUAAUAGCCGGCUUGAUAAUAUUCGUGGUAAAAUGUUCAAAUACGAUAAUUCUGUUUAUUCGAAUGAAAUUAAAACAAAUAAUAAUUCAUAUUAUUUGAAAUCAAAAAACAAUAAUGAAAUUCAAGAAGGCAACAUACAUUAUUCUUAUAACAAUUUUAACAAAAGACAUCAAAAAGAGGAUAAUAAAAAACACCAUUUUGAGAAUAGCACGAAUGAAGAGAACAUCCCAUACCGCUAUGAACAUAAUAAAUACUUUCCUUUAGAUAAACAAAAUUUAUUUAAUGAAAAUCAUUGCCAUGAUUUUUAUCAAAAUAGCAGAUUAAUUGAUUGCAAAAAAGAAGUUUUCUUAAAAAAUAUAAUAACGAAUGAAACAAUUCCAUAUAUAAAACGAAGCUACAGUUUAACUGAUUAUAAAGAUGUAAAUAUCGAUGACACUUUUUUUCAAAUAAAAUGCAAUAAUAAAAUAGAAAAUAAAUAUAGCGAAAAAAAAGAUAAGCAUGAAGAUAGUUUUAUCGCUAAAUUGUCGAGUCCCACUAAAACAAAUAAUGACACAAUUUUCAGUAAUAGUGUUAAUUUAAAUGAUAAAGAAGUAUAUAUGAAUAAUAUACCCAAAGAAAAAACUAAUAAAAUUCCCGAAACAAAUUUAACAAAUGAUAUACCAAACAAAAUACAAGCACAUCAUAAUAUAGUAUCAGCUGCAUAUAUUGAUAACAAUUCGAGUACUGUACAAAAUUAUAGUCAUGUAUCGAACAUAUACAAUAAUCACAAUGGAAUUCUAAAUUGUAGACAGAUAAUAGAAUUAAAUGAUAAUAAAGAUAGUCUUGAAAAUGGAACAAAUUUUUAUAUUUUAAAAAAAAAUGAAACUCAAAAUUAUGCAAUAAAUAAAAUAACUAGGAAUACAAAUGUAGGAAAUUAUUUCGAUUCAAAUAACUUAAUACUAAAUGAGCCUAUAUUUGAAAAGGAAUAUAAUUUAUAUCAAUCACAAAAAAUUACAAUCCUAAAAGAUAAUAUUAUGAAAAAUAAAAAUGAAAAUGUAAUUCCAACAAAUUAUAACACAUCCCAAGCAAACAAUUAUAAAAAUUUUAUUGAUCAAUCAAAUAAAUAUAUUAACAAAACAUCUAAUUACAAUAUGAAUAAAAUGGCUAACAAUUUUCUUAAAAGGCCUAAUAAUUAUGGAAAUAUUAAAAACAAUUAUCUCAAUUUUAAUGACUUAUUAAUUAAUAAAAAAAAUACACUAUCAAAAGAUAAUUUCACUCUUGAUCAAUUUAAUAAAACAACCAAAUUUAUUAAGUCUUGUAAUUUAAAUUCUGAUUAUUGUAAAAAUUUUGAACAAAAUGAGUACGAUACCGAAAAUGCAUUGCAACAAAAUACGGAACAUCAUGAAGGGAAAAUGAUACACCAAAUAGAUAAAGACAAAAUUAUAGACUCAAGAAAAUCGACAAAUAAUAUUAUUAUGCAUAAUAUGUCAUCCAUUGAUCAAUCUAAUAAUAUGAAAAACGAUUUUAUGGCUAAUCAAUUUAGUACAAAUCCUACUGUAAAAGUAAGGCGUCCUAUAUGGAAACAUAAUUAUGAUAUGGUUAAAUAUUCUAGAGAAUUUAAAGAGAAUAAUCAUACCGACGACAUGAAAGAUUAUCUUACUUUAAAUAAAUCUUUUGUUCAAUACUUUUCAAAAACAAAAAAAUCUAAUAAUGAACAAAAAAAUAAUAACAAAAAAAUAAAUCAAAAUGAUGGAAAUUCGGCACAACCUAUGCUAAAAUGGAUAAACAUUUUCAGUCGAAACUCUCAAAAAUAUUGA